AUGGAUGACAUCUGUGCCUAUGGCCUGUCUGUGGCUUUCACUAAAGUUGUGGCUCCUUCUACUGUAGGGCUUUACUCAUCCUGCCCAAAUCGCAUUAAGAGUCUUUUGAGUAAGAUUGAAAGUAAAGGUUUUCGUGCAGCAUAUAUGAUAAAGGAAUCAGAACGAAGACAAAAUAAAUUUUCACCUGCACAAAAGAAGGGUUCUCUUUGGAAUUUUGUGUCCACUUUACUCACUAUGAUUUUUUACUGGCCGAAAUGGUCAAUGGACAAGAAGAGAAGAAAUGUCAGAUACCUAUUUAUCAAGUUCAAUGCCUGGCACUUCACAGGAACCGAUAAGUUAUGGGCGGGCCUGGUCAUCACUCUCUGUGAAUCGUUUCAAUCUAUUUUCGGCUGUUUCCUCAUCAGCGUUUUCAGAACUUCUCAACACAUAGAUGAGUCUGUCAGGAAAACAAUAAAGGAAAGCCGUGAGCCGCAGUGGAUAGCCAAAAAAAUUUGCUGCUUUCCCCUUUGGCUUCUUGCAAUUGUUUCAGUUUUACUUGCCAUUGGGUUGAUUGCUGUUGUUGUAAUUGUUGGUUUCCCAACUGGCAACAGUUCUGGUGAUGGUAUAACAGUGAUCGAAAGCAUGGCUAUUGCAACGCUUGGGCUACCAGCUGCCGGUGUGGUUCGUUUCACCCUUAUGUUGAGUAAAAAUCUAAUGUUCAACCAGGAUUUCAAUAUCCAGAGACGGAUGGAUGCACCCAAAAUGAGCGCUCAGUUGGGCUUCAUGAAUGAUGUGCGGAAAGAGGUGGAAGUUCUCAUCAACUUUAUUCACUUCAUGGAAGUCUACGAAAGAAGGAAUAUCCGCGUCGUCUUGGAAAUUACCAACUUGGAUCGGUGCACUCCCGAGAAAAUUGUCGGCGUUUUGGAUGCUAUAAACAUCUUGCUUUCCGGGGAAAACACCCCGUUCAUUUCCAUCCUGGCGAUUGAUCCCAGGGUGAUCGUGAAGAGCGUGGAGAGCUCCAAGAGUUUUGAAAGCAUGGAUAAAAACGGUUAUGAGUUUCUAAACCACAUCGUGACUCUGCCCUUUACGAUCCCCGAAAUGGACAUCGGUUCUAAGCGUAGGGUUUUUAGAAAACUUGUAGAACGUCAGUCAGAAUUUCCCGAUGAUGGUCAAUUUGAAAAAAGCCAGGCGAUCUCAUAUGAAGCAGAGAGAUCAAAGAUGCUUGAAGAAUCUUGCAUGGAAAGCGGAAUCGCACAUGAAUCUCUGAUUCCUUUGAUUAUCAGUACCCCAGACAGACGAGAACAUAACGUUGACAUUCAGAAAAUAGUUAAGGAUUUGAUUAAAGAAACACUGCGAGUCAUUAUCGAAGAAGGAGAUGAAGGAAACUUUAAAUAUUACCUCAUGGAGAACAGCAUUCAUAUGAGAAGAAUUAUCAAUUCAGUUAGAGUCUCAAUCAUAAUCAUGGCUAGCCAAAAGGGGGAAUUACCACCAGCAAGGGAAGUUGCGGCGUGGAUAGUCCUGGCUAAUCAGUGGCCAUGUCGUCUCAGCUGGAUCUUACAGUGCAUCGAAGACGAUGAACAAAGAGCUGAGAUAGACAAAGACUUAACUGGAGAAGACAGCAUUGAUGGGACCAAGCUUCUGUGGGAUGUCUUUUGCGAAUCGAGGAUCGAGUUCCACCUGAUAAAGGACCAAAUUAAAAACCUCCUGGAAAUGGAUGGGGAUCCCGAACUGUUUGAAAUGUUUCUCAAGAAAGAUUUUUUGCUCACCAUACGGCACGCCAACUGUUUUAAAGCGUUCACCGUCAACCUCGACCUGUCCAUCAAGAAGGAGCUGGAAAUAAUCUGGGGAAGCAAAAAUCGAAAGCAUACCAUUACAUUAGCGAAGGCCAUGCCACUAAAAUCCGGAUUUGUUUUAAAAUUAAGUAAAGACGAUAUGUGCAGUGAGAUGAAAAAACUCAACUUCAGUGAGAUAAAUGCUGACAAGUACAUGCAGAGAAUAAAGGAGAACAAUCUCGAUGGACGAGCGUUACUUUUUGGCCACUACAACGAGAUCAAAAAUGUCCUUCAGAUGUCCGUGGGAGAAUGGACUGACUUUAGCAUUCACUUCUUAGGAAUAAAGCCACAAGCUGUCUGCCCUCAUGUAAGAGAAGGGCUGAGGCCGACACAGAGCACUCUGUUGACAUGCAGCACAGGCGUGCAGAUUUAAACAACACAAGAGCUGACACUAGGGUACCAACAAUGGUAACUCCAGUGUCACAAUUUAAUAAAGAUAGCAGAAUACCUAAUAUUGAUGUAAAACUGCAUUGAUCGCAUCAAAACAAAAUUAU